CGGCGCGCCGGGGUCCUGCGGGCGGCGCGGCGGGCGGGCGGAUCGGUGUCUCCUUCACUUCGCCCUCCAGUGCCCGCGGCUGCAGCAGCGCGGUCUCCGCACGGCCCGACCCCGCACCGGCCCCGCUCCGCCACCCGCCCGACACACGCAGCUCCAAUGGCGAUUCCUCCGUCAUACGUAGACCUUGGCAAAUCUGCCAGAGAUAUCUUCAAUAAAGGAUAUGGUUUUGGGUUGGUGAAACUGGAUGUGAAAACAAAAUCUGCAAGCGGAGUGGAAUUCACAACAUCUGGUUCAUCGAACACAGACACUGGAAAAGUGAAUGGGAGCUUGGAGACCAAAUACAAGUGGGCUGAGUAUGGGCUGACUUUCACAGAAAAAUGGAACACAGAUAACACUCUGGGAACAGAAAUUGCAAUUGAAGAUCAGCUUGCCAAAGGCCUGAAGUUGACAUUUGAUACAACUUUCUCACCAAAUACAGGAAAGAAAAGUGGUAAAAUUAAGUCAGCUUACAAACGUGAAUGCGUAAACCUAGGUUGUGAUGUUGACUUUGAUUUUGCUGGACCUGCAAUCCACGGUUCAGCUGUCAUUGGUUAUGAAGGCUGGCUUGCUGGUUAUCAGAUGACUUUUGAUAGUGCCAAAUCAAAAUUGACAAGAAAUAAUUUCUCUGUGGGUUACAAGACUGGAGACUUCCAGCUGCACACUAAUGUCAAUGAUGGUUCUGAAUUUGGUGGGUCAAUCUACCAAAAAGUGAGUGACCAUCUUGAAACUGCUGUAAACCUGGCUUGGACAGCAGGCAGCAACAGCACUCGCUUUGGCAUUGCAGCUAAAUACAAGUUGGAUUCCACUGCUUCUAUCUCGCUGCAAGUACAGGGACAAGGGCAAAUACUUGAAGGAGAGAAUUCAGGAAGCAGAGAGGUAUUGAAAGAACAGGCAAAAGUGAACAAUUCUAGUCUAGUUGGAGUGGGUUACACCCAGACGCUGAGGCCAGGUGUGAAGCUUACACUGUCUGCCCUGAUAGAUGGAAAGAGCAUCAAUGCUGGUGGCCAUAAACUUGGUCUUGGCCUGGAAUUGGAGGCUUAAAAAGGUGAAGAAACUGCUGCAGAGAAGGGAUAUCAGAAGAAUUUGGCCUUAAAAUGUAUUUCCAAUGUGACCAGCAGGCUUUUUUUUUCCAAGAAGGAUGACCUAGAACAAGAGCUGUAUUUGAAGUAUUUAGACAGUUACUUGUUAGCUGGUUUCUAGUUAAAUUGGUUACCCAUCUAGUUAAAAUUCUGCAUUAGUGCAGUCACUUAAACAUUAUUUAAAUGUAUUUAACUGUUUAAUGCGCUACCCACAAAUAAUGAAAUAGACAUCUAUGAAAACUGUACAAUUGUGUGCAUGUUUGUUUUUAUGUUCCUUUUAACAUUCGAUAUUGCCAUUGAAUGAAAAAUGGAUCAGUGGAUGUUUUGAAAUGAGGUCAACAAGUCUGUUGAAUCACCUGAAGUAGAAAUAUAUUUGGUAUCCCAAGACAAAUUAUGAAUAAAACAAGUACACACACAUACUUGUGCCUCAGAUAUUUUAAGAGUCAAGAUAUGAGGGUAGUGCUCAGUUAAGUUUUAAGUAAUCCAAGAAGUAGUGCUCUGUACCUUUGUGCAAUUAAGGACCCCCACCCAUGACAAUACUGAGUAUAGGUGAACAGCUGGAUUCCUCAAGCAAGUUGAAUGUGCUUUUCUGUCAGGUAAGGUUUGUCAUGACACAAUGGUUUAAUUCCCCCUGUGUUCCACAGGCAAGAUGUACUGUGUCCCUAGUUGGCCUCCUGAUGCAAAGAGUGCAGAUCAAUGUACUUGGCACACUGAGACAUAUAAAAACUGCUCCUUAAAAAAACCUCACCACAAACACACCUUUGCUUAUACUUGUAUGAAGUGAGAUGUAUCUCUGCAAUUGAAUGUAACAGUGUAAUGGUUUAACAGCCUGCUUAUCCCAACUGCUGUGAGAGGUUUCUGCUUAAAAUGACUGAAAUAAAGACAAUUUUAAAUGGAGAUGGAGGAAAAUGCAUCUGAUCUUGCUUUCCCUUUAACAAAUAAAUCCUGGCAGGUAUCUGUUUUAAGUCUAGAAACAUACAGAAUAAUGGGAAAACUCAUGUUUUCCCAGGAUAGUAUUGAGAGAGAAUAGAAGUAUGAGGGAUAUUUGGUCUGUGAACCUAACAGCCCCUAGGGUCAAACGUAACUAGCUAUGAAUGCUUUUAAUGUGGAAUAUAUUAAAUACAUGUAGUUGCACUGCUUAUGUUUAAGAAUGGUGACUUACUGAGUUCAGCAGAGUGCCAGGAGCCCACUUAGAGUCUCUCAAAGCUGAGAAGUGUCUCUUGAUAUUCUCGCAGUCUGUGGUUCACAGCAGCUUCCUUCAUAGGGCAGGUGGCUAGCUUUUGAUCAGAGAGCUUUCUCUGGUUUGAUACUGGAUUAGACUUACUGCCCAUAAAAGUCCCAGUGAUUUGCUUGAGGCCUUGUUCCAUCCCCCACUUGCCCUCUUAGUGAAAUUCUCACGUGAACUGCCUGUGUUCAGGCUUCAGCUGUGAAGUAGCUGAGUGUCUGCAGAAGACAGAGCAGAGCUUAAGCUUCCAGCUCAGGCUCUUGAGCAGGGUUACCAGUGUGUUUGACUAGUUUUCUUACUCGAAGUACAAAUGCUUUAUCAUGUACUGCUUUUGUCACUAAAUGCCCUCCUCUAAGGAGCAUUUCCACCUCUUAAUGGUGGAAGAAGCAUGUAAGGUGCAAUUUGUUGCUCUCAUUGCACGUUAAGGUCCAUAAUACAUAUUUUCAGUUUGAGGUGUUUUUAUGUGCUAGACCACAUAAAAGCUGGAGACCACGCAGCCAGACAUUGAAUUUUAAUACCUAUUCUCUUUGUAGUAUAACUGUCUUUGUGUGCUGGUAUGCAUUGUCCAGCUGUAGCACCCAGGCAAAUAAGGGACUGCAUCUUUUGCUUAUGAAUGAUGCCUUGUUUGCAUCCUUAAACCAGCGUAGCUGCAACACUGAUGUUUCUCAGCUUUUGAUAGGACUGUAAUGGUCUGGCACUAAUUUUGUUUUUUUUUUUGGUAGUGGUAUUUUGUAGGUUUUGGGAUUUUUGUUUUUGUUUUUUGAGAAACAAGUACUCUAACUCUUUUCUUCACUACCUGUUCCUCUAGCUGUUUUUUUCCUGAGGUCACAAAAUGGAUAAGGGAAAUAAAAGCACAUAUUGCAGAGUUUCUCUUCCACUCUUACAAAUGAGUAACGGAAAACUUGAACUUACUCAUUUUACUCUCUUUUUAUGUGCAUGACUUUACUAGUCCUCAGCCUUUAAACUUUAAGUAGUGUUAUUUGUUAUAAUGCUGAUAGGCAACUGGAGAAAUAAAGGGCUCUGCAGUAGUUAAGAGAACCGUGAAAAUAUGAGAUUUCCUAAUAUAUUCUGUCAUAAAUCACUACUUUGAGCAUGAAAAGGAAGUUCAGUGUCUAUUUCUUGACAUCUGUCAAGGCUUAAAAAAAUAGCCUUCAAACUUUCUUUUCAACUGUUAAAGAAGCUGGCGGUGUAUUUGAAUUUUGUGGUAAGCAAUGUUGGUAGUUUCAAUAGUUCCAUUUUAUUAAAACAUGUAAAAAGCCUUAAUUAUAACUUUCAGUGCCAGACAGCCUUUCCUCAGGUGUCAUUCUGAAUAAAAAAAAAAUCCACUGGAGAUAACCAAUGACCAGAACAUCAUUCUCCAUCUUGUUUGUGUGAACUGUAGCAUUGCAUUCCUGCCUGGUACAGCUGGAGUAGGGGUUGUCUGUGUAUAUUGCAAGGGACUUAAUCACGCUUUCAUAAAUAAAAAUCCUUUCACAUGA